AUGACAGUGAAGCAAAUAUCAUUUGAAGUCAAUACAGACCCUGAAGUUAUUCGGUUUACUCACUUGAGCAAUGGUGCCGUUUGGAAAGGUCCAUUAACAUUAGAACAAUAUGCUGAUAGAGAACAUUCCAUGUUUCAAGGUAAUCUUUGUCAGAAAAAUAAUAACAAGAAAAUUAUUGAAAAAUAUGGCAAGACAAAUGCUCAAUGGUUGGGAUUGAAACAUUUCAUAUUAAAGGAUAAGAGUUUAGAAGAUAAAUCCAAAACUAGUCAAAUAGUAGCCGGGUGUGAGACAUUAAACAGAAUUGGAUUCACAGCUAUUGAUGGCAAGAUUGUACCAAUUUUGGUAUUAUGUAUUGGUGGUGUAUUCACUCAAGAAGCUCAUCGUGGUAAAGGGUAUGCCAAAGAAAUGAUUCUUGGGUUGCAUAAAUAUUUUGACGAGAUCCGUGAUCGUGCAACCACACCAUUUUUGAAAAAUAUGAUUAUAACACUUUAUAGUGAAGUGGAAGAGUAUUACGCUCGUUUGGGGUACAAGUCUGACCAUGCAGCUGUUCAUAAAAUUUCCCAAUUAGAUACUCUAUUAAAAGAAUAUUGUAUUGACGGAAAAAACGUGAAAUAUUUAGACUUUGAUGGGUACGAUGAUCUGAUACAAUUACAAUCUAAUCAAAUGGAAAGAGAUAUUCUUGCAAGCCACUUACAAGAUCCUUCCAAGUUUGUGUUUGGUGUUAAACCUGAUAUCCAUAAUUAUGAAUGGUUUGAAAUACGUGAUUUAUUUAUUAGAAGUAAAUUAUUCCCAGAACAACUUGAUAAAAAGAUCGCAUUUGGUUGUAGGCUACCAAGUAAUAGUCAUGUCAUCUGGCAUCAUAAUUGGAAUGGGAAUUCCUUAAUCUUAAUCAAGACUUUUAUUGCAAAUGGUGACGAUUUAGAAGAAACCAUGGGGGUCUUUCUACAGAACGCCGUCAUGGAAGCUAAGGAACAUAAUUUGUCCAAACUAGAAUUUUGGGAUACAGAAAUUAAUAGUGUCAAGUAUCCAAAACUUUUCAAGAUCUUAGAGAGGGACUCCAAGAACAAUAAACUGUACUUGACUAAUGGGUCGUUGAGUGCUUAUAGAGCUCCUAUUGGGUUCACCAACGACCAAGUCAAAUGGCAGGAAAAUACCAAAUUUUGUUGGUUUUGA